AUGCUCUACGCAGAAAUGCAUCGAAAGGCAUUGCCGAGGGCAUCAAAGGCGCCUGGAGCUGUGGUGGGCAAAGUGGCUCGUUCGCUUUUUCAGUGCAAAGCUGGUCGGUCACGAAAAACUCGCGCCUCGGGCUCUGUCCCUCUCCGCAAGCGAGCAAGUGUCAAGGUCGGUUGUCCGCUCUCCAUCUCCGUCUGGGAGUUUGUCUUUCCUCCCAACGCCUCGGUCUCGGCAAAGAAGAGGCCAAACAGGAUCACAAACUCGGACAAGGCCCUCUCCGCCGCUCUGGCCAUGCGCAUUGCUCCUGUUCUGCUCAAAGCCUUUGGUUCUCGCUCGCUCCUCCACACCUUGCAGAUCCCGGCGGCCCGCCCGCAGCCCGUCCCCAGCCCGCCGCCGCCGCUGCACUCGUCUGUGCCGGCCGCCGCCGCCGCCGGCCCAACUGUUAAGGUCUCGGUCGCCUCGGCCGUCGCUGCCGCCGCUCAUCCAUCCAGCAAGCGCAAGCGGUCCGACAACGACGGCGCGUUUACCGUCAACAAGGUGGCCCGCGCUCUCUCGCCGUCUUCGCUCUCGCGUCCACGCAUCGGCAGCGUCGGCGACGACGGCGACGGCGACGGCGAUGACGAUGACGACGACGAAGAGCUUGUCGUUGUCAUGUAA